AUGGCAACAACCCACUGGCCCGGUGGCAUUCCCCGCGGGAUCAAGCAUUAUCCCAAAACAGAUCUAUCUCAAGAAGAGCUCAGGGAAGAAGUCAAAGGCUGGCUACUCUUCGUCCAAGAAAGCUGGGUUCCACGCGACCGGGCCAAUGUCAGCGACGACGACAAGGAGUACGAACUACGCCAGUGUCGAGCCCUAGUUCAAAAAUGGGCUUCCGAGUCGCAAGAGUUUCGUGAUUCGUUCCAUAACCGCGCCUUAGGCAAUGAGCUUAACUACCCCCUUGAGGCGUUGGAACACGUGUCCAAUACUCAGCAGCCCUGUGAAACGAGACAUGUUGUUUGCAUUGCACCAAUUGAUGCGACGUAUCCCGUGAACCGGGCGCGAUGGGUUAAGCUCGCGAUUCUAUUUUACCGUUACGAUAUUGAAUCGGGGCACUGUCUCCCUUUCGAUAACGUCAUCCCCACGGCGGCGGUUCUGAACCCAGAAACUACAAGUACCUGUUCUGUUGAAGAUUUUCUUCCCUGGUAUUGUCUUGAGAAUGCCGAGUUUCCAACUAUCCAGAUGACACGUCCUGGAACGUUUGAAAAGGAUAUUGAAUUCUAUGCGCCUGGUUAUCUGGCCCUUGAAGCGGCUGGGAAAGGCGGGGAGUAUGAUUUUAGGCGCUUGACUGAGCCCGACGACAUUCCAUUCGAUAGGAAGCCGGCGUAUCAGAGGAUGAUGGCGGAUGUCAUGGCUGGUGGACGUCCCCCUUUGUGA